CGCGCCCCCGACUUCCACCCCGCGCCGAUACCCUCACAUGCCCUUCGAUCUGCCUGUGCGCGCGCUUGGCUCGCGGGAAGCUCAAUCGCGGGUGCGGAUCCUUGGUUUGGAUACCGGUACCUACAUCAACAAUCGUCAACCCAAACUCAAGACUCUACACGCGUACACUUCCGUUGCUGUUCGUCAUCCACUCGCCACUCCUUUCCACCGCUGAUCUCUCAUCUACGCACAACUCUUCAUGGCAUCCCAGUCAUCGAUUUAGUGUCGUCGCUCAUUUUCUUACUCGGCAUCGACCGGUGCUUUACCGCCACUGGAGCCACUAGACAGCGUCACCUGCUCCUCCGACGGGCGGUACUGCCUCCGACGCAAUCACUAUACCUGUCACUUUCGGUCCUGGAGCCGACACGUAGAGAGGAACACGCUCACACCUCUCUUGGACAUGUUCGUAGCUUCAAGUCUCUACAACUACGCGAGAGGCAGCAACGCGGCUGGUGCGGCGACUGUACACAGCGAUCAUGAAUCAACACCAGCGGCCACCCGAGUCAAGAGGCAUCCAAAGAAGACUCCAGGCGCCCCACCGAACGGCCUUCCCACCUCGCCGCCACCUUCUUACGCAUCGGUUGCAGCGGGUCUUGCCAGAGCCGGCGGAGUGACGGAACAGGAGGGUGGCAAGCCUGCAUGGACGCCUGCUGAGCUGGCCAAGAUCUCCGUGAUCGAUGGCAUCGCAGAGGAGGAGGACCUGUACAAAGUGCUGGGAAUCAGGAAGACGGCAAAGCAAGACGAGGUCAGGAGAGGCUUUCUGGCCAGAAGCAGGGUGUGUCAUCCCGACAAAAUGCCAUCCUAUCCCCCAUGCCAUGCUGCAUUUCAGCGCGUCGCCCUCGCCUAUCAGACCCUCUCUUCUCCGAGUGCUCGCCGGAUGUACGAUGUGUCUGGUCGGGCAGACUAUGCGCAGGCUAUGGACGCAAGCAGCCAUGCGGCUGCGAAUGGUGCGGGAGAUGAAACGCUGAACAGCGUCCUGUACUCCGUGUUCUGCGAGUUCUUGGAGGGAGACUUUGAGAUGAUCAGAGUCCUCGUUAACGCGAUGAAUGAAGGUAACCCUGGUCUCAACCUCGGCGAGGAAGCAGUAGACUCGAUCGAGGGCGCUUUCCGACGCUUGCGACACAUGAUGCUGGCUGGCAAGCGAUAUCUUGGCGUCAUUCGCUUCGAGCUGAUUCGCUUGUACGAGAUUCAACAUUCGCUCCGGCAGCUCAGCUAUUUUGAUUUAUUCGGUCGACUGCGUCUCACACUACAGCUCGCUCGUGUCACCCUCUCCAUACCGAUGGCCAUCGACACCGCGAUGAAGACUGGCGAGCCUGGCGAGGACGCCAGCGGAGUAGGCAGCCAAGGACAACGCACCGGCAGGGACGGCAGAGAUGCCGGCAGAUCUGAGACCAACGAGUUUGCUAGCGAUGAAGACAGCGAGGACGAUGAGAGCGAUGUUGAGGAGAUGCAUGACGGAAGGUCGCGCCGUCGGAACGCUGAUCAGUUCGGCGUCGCCUCUUCAAGCGACGAGUCGGGUGGAUCGGAUGCCGAUGCGAGAAGGGGGUCGAGUCAAAGCCAGAGGCGAGAGGCGCGUCAGGCCCGAAGGCGAGAGCGCCGCAAGCAGAGGAGAGCUCGUCGAGCAAGGCUGGAAUCUCACAACGACGAAGCGGAUCAGGAGCCAGAGAUGGUUGAAGGGCAAUUGCAAAGAAGCGGGCUACUGGGUCCGACGGCUGCCACCUUGCUUGGCGGGGUGGUCAAGGUGCUUGAAACGAGCGAGUCUUGGGUUCCCGGUGGAUCUCGCCAGGCACAACAAGAUUGAGGCAGCUCUGCGCGAUUCCACCACCACGAUCACCAGUCCGGCACUUUCGCGUCCGUGUCAGCCCCACAUUCACCAAUUCACCAGUCACUUUGUCUAUCGAUCCUCGUACCUUUGCGCGUCACCUAUCUAUUAGCCACCUUUUACAAUCAGGAUCGUUCUUCGCUUCACAUCUAGUCACGAUAUCUUGGCCGCUUUCCUCCCUUUCAAUGUCUACUUGCACUUGAUCUUAGCGAUUUCACUGUAACCUUCACGCGUAUGCUUAUCAUUGUUGUGGCAAGGCAUGCCUCAUGUCUUCACUCAACU